AUAAAGAUUCAGCCCUAAACAUGUUUCGAAGCCCUAGUAUAAAAAUCGAUUACUGAUUCCGCUUCUUCUCGACAAACUCUGUGCCUGCGGAAACUUCAAGAACAAGACUCUUCCAUAUCCUUUUUCUUGCCCUAAACCAUGUCGAGGAGAAAGACGAGAGAGCCCAAGGAGGAGACAGUGACACUUGGACCAGCUGUUCGUGAUGGAGAGCAAGUCUUCGGUGUUGUCCACAUCUUUGCUUCCUUCAACGACACUUUCAUUCACGUAACUGAUUUGUCUGGACGUGAAACCCUUGUCCGUAUCACCGGUGGGAUGAAGGUGAAAGCAGAUAGGGACGAGUCGUCACCCUACGCAGCUAUGCUUGCUGCACAAGAUGUUGCUCAGAGAUGCAAGGAGCUUGGAAUCACCGCAAUGCACGUGAAGCUCCGUGCCACUGGUGGAAACAAGACGAAGACACCUGGUCCUGGUGCUCAGUCUGCUCUCAGAGCUCUUGCCCGUUCUGGCAUGAAAAUUGGCCGCAUUGAGGAUGUUACUCCCAUCCCAACAGACAGUACUCGCCGAAAGAAUGGUAGAAGAGGAAGGAGGCUCUGAGUUUUAGCUUCUUUUUUUUGAGUUUUAGCUUUGUUCAUUUUUUCAGUACAAUGCUUUUGAACAAUAUUUUUCUACGAUGAUGAAUCUAUGUUUUUUGCGAAUUACGCAUAAUAAAUUAUUAUUAUAAGACUA